GGCACGUGAUCGUCGCUAUAAACAAACUAGGUAAUGGCGGACCGAUAACACGAGAUUCUUACAUUCGAUCAGUGCCAGGCAGUGCAGAGGUGUCAAACAUGGAGGAGGAUGAGGCACCUGUAUCUUCCCCGAGUCCAGGAUCUGGGAAAAGGAAAAGUGUGGAAUUCUUGGACAAUAAGGAAGAAAGGGAUACCGACAUUGGAGCGGGUGGGAGCCCAGAAGUUGACAACAGGGCAGAAGAUGGACCCGAUAAUGACUUUGCUACAGACAGUGAGAGCGAAGUGGAUAUCGGUGUCAAGCCAAUUGAAGACACUUCCUCAGAAGCCUCUUCUGCUGCACUGGACAUGCCCGGUCAUGGCCGAUCUCAUCCAAAGAUUGCACGUGGCUUCCGACCAGAAAUAUUUGAUGAUGACGGAAUAGCACUAGCAGAAAGCAGAACAUCGAAACGUUCCGUGACCUUCACCCCCAAACCACCAAGUGAUAUGUUAAGCUCCAGAUCACCAGCUGUUAAGGAAACAGCAAAACGGCAGACUUACGAUGGGCGUGAGAUCACCGUGGUUACGCUGGAAACACAGACUGACUGGCAGUGGUUGAAAGACGCUGUAGAUACCGGACUAGGCACACACAUCACUACUGGUGCAGUCGGUGGCAGUGAGACAAAGAAAGAGAAAAGUGACCUCAAAUCUAUACUGGUGAAGCCGGACAGUCGGGAGACGACCAGCCUGUCGAAGGCGGACGCCACAGAUUCUGUGUCGGCAGAUGACCGCAUGGCUCCGACCACGCCCUACACCCCGUACAGUGAUGAAUUCGGCAUCCCCAUCCUUGACAUCAGCUCCGACUCUGAAGAUAGUUCAGAUGAGGACUCCAGCAGGAAAGACGCGGAUGAUCGUAACUUUCUACCAAGUAUCGGUCCCCCUCAAAUCCUACAGUACAUCCGAGAGUCCGAGCUUGCUGAUAUUGAAGUGGAGGACCCCGAGAAGCGGCGGGAGAAGGAAGGGACCGACAUCACAGACUACCCCGUGGACGAGUGUGGCCGCAUGUACGGCAUGUUCGGGGGCAAGUGUGAGUUCUGCAGGCAGGACAUAAAACCAUUCCCCUCGCUGGAACGCCAGCGACAACUGCCCCCGCAUGAACUGUACUGCUGCGAGGAAUAUCGAGACUUUGUAAACUUCGCAACCACCACGGCCAUGGAUCUGGAGGAGGAGACAAAGCAUGCUAACAAGCUGAUCAACAUCAAACCUCACGCUCACUUCGGCAACAAGAAUGACAGAAAGGCAGCGAAAGAGAGAGCAGUGCAGAGAAUGCGUGAGAGAGAACUCCAACGAAGACAGCAGGAGGCUAGCGGCUUGCAACAGAACUUCUACAGCUCAUCAGGGGGCGCUGGAGGGCACGUCGGGGGCGUCAUGCCCUCUGCGCGGGCUACACAGGUCGCGGCUAUUAAAGCCAACAUUAUACCUGCCCAAGGAAUCUCCUAUAAGGACGGUGUUGCUCGCCAAAUGAAGACGAUCAACUACCAGUUGUCGUCGCAGAGAUGUCUGGAGGAGGGCUGGACAUUGCGGCCGCCAAGCCCACUUAACAAUGAGGAUGAAGACAUUGAUGUCUUCAUACCUGAACCGUUAAACCCGGCUAUGAUGGGCACAGGGAGGUUGCAUGAACGACCAUUGAUACAAAAGUUUUAUGAGGAUGGGAAGAAAUUCCUGACAGUAUUCCCUGAUGGAUCUGGCAAUGUGUUCUACCCUAAUGGUCAGAUCGCCAUCCUCAUCAGCUAUGUUAGCCUUGGUCAGUACAUCUACGUAGUGCAUGACGAAAAUCCGAGCCGCACAGUCAAGGCCGUGUUUGAACCCAGUGGAUAUGGGUCCUGUUACCAUAACAAUGGAAUAGUGAGGUUAUACUUUGACCAGCUGGGUGGUAUCGAACUGGACGUUCAUGGGGGCCGGAGAAGGAAGUGGACGUGGAAGGACCAAGAGACUCACGUCCAUGCUCCGCCCUUCCAGCCAAUUUGCUUCGGCCUGAACCGCUACAUCGGCGUCCGCGUGAUGAAUCAGGACAGCAUCGCUCUCACCCUCACAGCCAGGAAGAGGAGCUGCAGGUUUAAUGUGGGCUCACGUCUCAAGCUGGUGGCUCCAGAAAAUAUCCCACCCAAGGAGAUUGAUGAGGCAACCCUGUUCUUGGAUGAGCGAAAGGCUUAUGUCGAAUCAAUACUUGACAAGGUGUCUAACCUGCUGAAGUUCCCCAAGUCACCCAAACUUGACAAGAUCCUCCCACCAAUCCACCUGACAUCCAAACUACAACGCACAGAGAAACUACGGCAGGAGAAGUCUGCUACCAGGCUGGCCAGGAGCAAGUCUGCACAAGGGAAGGGGUCACUUCCUGUCGUUACUGUCAACUAACUGACUCCCCUUUCCUGUCAUGUGCUUGUGCUUUAAGGGACCUUGUUUGUUAAGUACAUAUUACUCUUGUCACUGUGAUAAACAUUAAAAAGGUUUUUGGAGAUUUUGUUUUUUAAAUAUUGUUGAAAUAGUUGGGUUUUUUCCCUUUCUUAAAAAUAUUCAUGUGUAUGCAAAAGUACAUGUAUUUCUAAUACUGCCUUUUAUUGUGUUGAGGAAUAUGACAUUUUAAAAAAUUACCUGUAUUUAACGGAAGGUUUAUUCUAAUAUCCCUGAAUCUGUCUCAUAUUUAACAUUUAUUCUUUUAUACCUAAUGAACAUUUGAUAAUCUCAGUGGUCUCAACAUAUAUAAAUCUGCCAUCCUGACAGUAUUGUUCAGGCUGAUAUCAUGGACCACUGUACCACUGGUACUUAGGACUGGGGUCCCCUGCAAGAUUUAUUCAGUUUCACUUAUUUACUAAAUAUAUUCUGGAACAUUUACCCAGAUGUUAUACUUACUCUUUACUGAACGUUAUGCUAAUAACAUAUGACCUAUAGUAACUCCAUGGCAUGUACUCCCCAGUGUCUUAUUAACACCCUAUAGUGCCUACAUUGACCUGGGUUUGUGGGGAUUCUUAUUCUACCUCCCUAAUUCCCUUGUCUUCUUAUUCCCUUUGCUCAGAAAUCCCUUUUUAUUUUACUUAAAUUCUGCUGCCAAAAUUCACAGAAGUUUUGUACCUUUAUCUUUCCUUUAUCAAGUUUCUGUAAAUAUACCUGCAAAUGAUACUAUUCCAGUGGUCAGUUCUCCUUGCCAUGGCAGGUGACAGUGAUCUGUUCAUUAGAAUGCAAUAGCUUGUGUUGUACAGUGUAAAUAACAUUGCUUUGUAUACAAUGUAGAGAGUCUGGUUACUUGGAUGACUGAAUGUAGUGCUUGUAAAAACAGAUGUACAGUUGCAGUAUGUUGAAUAUUCUUACAGUAACAUUUUCAAAGAUUGAUGAGGGUUAAAAAAAUGAACAUUGCUUGACGAAGUUGAAAUCCAUAAUUAAAUGUUUCAUAUUCUAAUAUGACUUCAGUAAAUACUGGAGUGUGAUUGGUUAAUUUGUUAAGUGAUUCAGAGGUAUAUAAUCGUGUUAUAUACUUCCAAUUUUCCAGCACUGUAAGUAUUUUUUUUAAAUCUUAGUAACGCAGUUAUGGUAGAAUGGAGAUAAACAUACUGUGUUGGAAAUUCAGAGGUAUAUAACGAAAUUUAUAACAGCUCUAAAUUUCGUAUGUAAAACCUGAUUCUCUGCGUUCCAUUUUAAAUCAAAUUUAUUAUAUACAGUCGAGCACCGUUGUCUCGAUAUUCAUGGGACCAAGAAAAAAUAUCGAGUUAUCCGAACUUCGAGACAUCCGACCAGGGCAUAUCAGUAUGUUUUGAUUCA